UCUCUCCGGUGUUUCUUCUCGACGGACCACAUCUCGUACAUGCCCGUGAAGUCGCCCUCUGUGGAUUUUGGAGUCACUCUGUUGAAUUUAUUAUCGCUGUUUUUUUCCACAGUGGGUCUAAAAACAAUUUAAACCACCUUGUAGUCGGUUAACGGUUAGAGGGAUGACAGCCAGAGGGACACCGAGCCGCUUCCUGAAGAGCGUCCUACAGAAUGGCGUCGGCCGUUACGUCUGUCAGCUCAAACGGAUUUCCAUUAUUUUCUCCAAAAAGGGACAAGGCUCUUUAGGAAUCAGGUAAAGACAACACAAUAAAUAAAAUAUAAGGUUCAUACAUGAUAACUUUUUCUGUACUGGUAUCGUAUAUGCCGUAGAAGUCAGAAUUUUAGGUUUAAAACGACACUGUGUAGCAGCUCUCUCUCUCUUCACUUCAUCUCUAUGGGACUCGACCACAGCUGCUCUCCUCAACUCUGGGUUGAAAAUGUGACUUUACACCAGUCUUUUUCAUCAAUUUAUACAAAUUUUGACCGCAAAAUGUAGAAAUAUAAUGUGGAAAUAAAGUAGAUUAUAUUACUUGGCAGCACGUCGCAUAAAAGGUCUAAAAAGUGGGUAUUUUGACAGCUGUAGUCCAUGAUACUAACUGGAACCAGUUUGACAUAAAAAAAAUUUCUCACUAAUAAGCAAAACUCCAUCUGAUCAUCUCAACAAGAAACACAAACUAUUAACAACAUCAAGUCAUGCUGUGUCCUCCAAACUUAUGUACUUACUGUCAGAGCCGUGACUGACUCCACCAUGUCAUCUUUUUCUCUUCUUUUCAGGGACUUCAUAGAAGAAGGAGUGGUGGAUUAUGCCAAGAAAAACCCAACAACUGUGGUGUAUGUGUCACCUCAGCCGUGCAGGAUACCCAAAAUUGUUGCAGAAUACAGUAAGUGCUCAUGAGUUUGUAUUUUGUCAUAAUAUUUGAAAAGUCUUUUUCGCACAGGAGUAAAUGGCUCUAAAAUUUCCUGCAUAGUUUCAUAAAUCUUUCAUAGACAGAAUUUAGAUUUGAUAUUUUUGUUUGGACGGGGAAAAGGGAAGAAAAGUUAGUUUAAAAAACAGGUUUUGCAUGAAGGAAUAAAUAGAUAAAUCCUUUAAGUCUGUAUUUAUAUAUUACCACUUCCAAAGAAUCCAUGUAACAUUUAAGCAGUCUUCAAGAUCUCAUUAAAAAUCCUCAGUAAGUUUUAUGUUUGUUAGGCUGAACUUGUCGUAAAUCAUAGAUACUGUAGAUGGCAGUAUAACACUGUUUUUCUAAGAUCUGAUCAGUUAGAUGAGAUUGCCGCUGUGGGUUUCAGCGAAGACAGGGUUAUACUGUGUCAGCCAGAGUCAGAACUUCUUAUAGUGUUUGAUUUCACUUGAGGCAGAUCAGUCAGUAAAACAGCUAAUCACUCUCAAAAGCCUCUUACUCUCUGUGUUUUUUAUUCCCCUUCCUGCAGUGAACGGCACCGUGAGGGAAGAAAUCGUCACAAACAAAACGUCUCCACAGAUUUCAGAGCUUUUGGCCAAAAUGACCAAUCAGUCCGGUCUGGACAUCAUCCGCAUCCGAAAACCCUUCCACACAGACAGCCCCAGCAUCCAGGGCCAGUGGCACCCAUUCACCAACAGACCGCCGUCCAUCGACCCCAUCAGACCAAAGAAAGAAGACUCUCAAUGAGGACUUACAAAGUUUAAUUCCUGCUCCUCCUUAUAAGAUAUGUCCUUUUUUAUUUCCGAAGUGUCUGCCUCCUGAAUUAAAUCAUGACUACAACAACUUCCUGCAUAUUCAUCGGAGAUUCUUCAAACUAUUUAAUGAGGGUUUUUUUUUUGUCUUUGCCAUGCCCCACUGUCUGCCAGUAGCCCUUAAGCUGUGCAGACAAGAGCACAGAGCACCCACUCUGAAUGCCACAUUUGAAUAAACUUCACCAGAGGCUUGUCAGCUGGCAUUAUUAAAAAAAAAGCACCUAACUGGUUUUAAUCACAGAGAGGUAUUUGAAGAUUUUUUGAAAAAGGUGCAGCACUUGGGGAGAAGUUGGAACGGAAAUAAUAAAGUAAUUUUUGUGCAAAUGUU